AUGCCACAAAAUGGGUUUUCCGCAUCAAGUACACCCUCAACAUCGCCGCUCAUACGUGAGCGCUCUGCUCGUUCGCGAUACUCGCCAUAUCCAGGGCCGUCAUCGAUUCCUCCUCGCAAAACUUCUUCGGCGUCCACGGCGUCGCUUUCACUCGAUAUCCCCUCAAUGUCUCUUCGCGAACGGGGCCCAGAAUAUGAUCCACAUGGCAGAUCAACGACAGAGAAGAUUAUGCUUCCUCCAAUUCAACCGCUUGCCCAGCCUCGUAACGGAGGCCAAAAUUCUUACGCCUUACCUCCGAUAUCUGCAUUAGAGGACCUUCGAGGAAUUUCUUCGCAUGAUUCCGCAGCGGUCUUACGGCGACUGAAGAUGGAUGAUGACGUUAAGGUAGAAGACGGAGAAUCGACGGACGAGCAGCAAUGGGCGAGACAGCGGUCGCUGUCAUCCUCACAUCACAAGUAUUAA